UAGCCUGAAGUAGCCUAUCGGUUCGUUAAUCGAAGUUCAUUUCAUGAACUAAAGUUGUGGUAUGAAAAAUAAAAAUUUAUCACUUCAAACACAAAGGUGUAAUUUCAUAGAUACAAAUUGGAAAUUUUAUCCGUAGAAGGAAGAAUUUUUUACUCCUUUUUUUCUCAUUUAGAUUGCCUAUUUUCAUUGUUUCAAAGUUAAAUAACAUAAAUUGGAAUGAAACAAAGAGUUGAGGAAUGUCUAAAUUUCCGAUCGUGCCAUUAAUAAAUCACGAGUUCAUUAAAUAAUAUAUAAUAAUUGAAACAAUAUUUUUUUUUUUACAAUAAAUUACUGUGAUAUGGAGGACAAUUCUAAAGCAAAUAAUAAAUCGAGCUUACGAAUUAUUCUAAGACGGAUACCAGUUGCAAUAUCAAAAACAUCCGAGCGCUUUUUUUACAAGUAAGUAAAAAAGAAGAAACUACGAAUGAAUAAACGAACCAUAUGAUCUCAUUCAAAAUUUUGUUUGCUACGCGAAGAAUAUGAUUUUUUUUGGAUUUUUCAAACGUUUAAGUAAUGAUUUAAGUAAUGAUACUCUACAGGCGCCUGUAUCAAUACGAGUUUUGAAUAUUUGGGUUGUCUAAAAACAAAGAAAUAUAACUCUAAUAGAUUGUGGGAGAAAAAAUCAAUCUUACAGCGAUUAAAAUUGAACUUCAAUCCGCGCGUCUGCAGUCUGAUAUUAACACGUGUGAAUUAAUGUCAUCAUUACUACCAUCCGAGCAUAUAAUAAUCUAACACCUAACAAUAAUAAAAUCAUAGAAACAGAGGGGAAAUCACAUAUUGUGUUAGUCACAAUUAAAAUGGCAUAAUUAUAAACUAGAAUCAUCAAUUGUAAGAUAACUACCGCUGAGAUACCGAACGUCAGCGGUCACGCGAUAUGAAAUGCUACUAAUUUUACGUUCCAAUUAUUAUAUAUCAUUCCUGACAUUAUUAUCUCUAGCUUUAUCCCUGUAGAGUAACGUGGAAAUAUGUGAAUUUCACAGUGGAAAUACGAUAUAAAUUUAUAACGUCUUAUGGACCCAGUCCCGGGUCAUGUAAAAUAUUUAUCGCGAUUGACGAGCGUAUCAUAUGGAGAUUGUACAUUUCUCAUCUGAUUACAAAUUGCUUGGAAAUCUUAUAGCGGAUCGUCCUUGGAGCUGGUUAGCCGGAAGUACCGUUGUGGUCCUCCUGUGUUUGACGGGGCUUUUAAAUUUUCGUCAAGAGAAAAAUCCACUGAAAUUAUGGGUCCCGCCGGAUUCGGAUUUCUUGCGGGACACCGAAUGGCUUAUGAAAAAUUUCGGAGAGGGAAUGCGGGUACAAACCUUGAUGAUGACCGGAGAAAACAUAUUGGAACCUCGAGCCUUGAUCAAGCUAAACGAGGCAACGAAACGAAUAUUCAAGGCACAUGGAGUUAUGAAUGGAAAAGCUGGGGGAAUUGUUACUUGGCAAGACGUCUGCUUCAAGGUUCCCGUGAUACCGGGACGCACGAAGCGUCAGGCGAAUCUGAUGAACGAGAGCGCCGACAGUCUCCUCGACGAAGAACCUGUUGAAAAUAUAGAAACGGAGGACGGCUUCGACAUAAUAUCAUUGGUGCCUACGGGAAUGUACUGCGGCGUUUACAACGCUAUGGAAAAGAGCUGCUAUUCAAAGAGCCUUUUGGACGUAUGGAAUUUCGACGACGACGUCAUCAACGGAUUGACAACAGAGAAUAUAAUAGAUAAUCUGAAUUCCGUUACCGUGAGCCCCAGCCUGGGCCACCAGAUGAAUUACACCGAACUCCUCGGCGAUGUCCUGAGGGAUGACAGAGGGCGGAUCGUCGGAGCGAAAGCUGUCCGAACUGAGUGGUAUUUGUUCGUAAAUUUUUCAAACGUUGACAUGGACAAAAUUGGUAACGACGUGGGAACAGCGGACUGGGCAACGGAGGACCUACUGACCUGGGAAAAUGCAUUCCUGAAAGCAGCCAGAGAAAGCUCGGAGGAUCUAAGGACGGUGGAGAGUAACGCGACCGCCGGAACCGACGAGGACUUGGCCUUUUGGUACGAAGCUGCCCGAAGUUUCGGCGACGUUAGCUCCUCGACGAUGUUCCAGGAUAUCGGUAAAGUCGCGAUGGGCGUUGUACUGAUGUCCUUUUACGUACAGAUUAUACUCUCCAGGUUGAAUUGGGUGGAAUGGCGUGUGAGCAUUGACAGAAUUUUGGCGGGACGGACUCUCCGUAGAUACCGAACUCUGAACACCACGAAUUUUUUCUUAUCACAGUUUUGCCUGACCACCGCCGGUCUGAUGUGCGUCGGGGGUGCUUUCAUAAUUGCCGUGGGAAUUUGCUCGUUGGCAGGGGUCCCUUACGGUCCCGUCCACACUUCUCUGCCGUUCAUGUUGAUGGGUCUCGGAGUCGACGACAUAUUCGUCAUGAUGGCGGCCUGGGACCAAGUGCAUUCGGAGGAGAUCAAUCGCAAAAGACCCUUGCCGGAGAGAAUCGGGACGAUGUUGAGCCACGCGGGUUCCUCAAUUUUCAUAACGUCGCUAACGGACGUCGUGGCCUUCGUCAUCGGCGCCUCCACGAUCCUGCCAUCUCUCCAGUCGUUCUGUAUCUACGCCGCGGUCGGAGUCUUCGUAACUUUCCUCCUUCAGGUGACGUUCUUCGUUGGCUUUUUCACCCUGGACACCCGGCGCGUGGAAGCGAAAAGGAACGGCGUCAUCCCCUGCGUGGUCCACCCGGAUCACCGGCUCUUCGAGAAAAACGAGGAACGUCUGUCGUGGCGUUUCACGGGCUUCGUUUAUUCCAGGGGUGUUUUGACCGGUUACGGUAAGAUCGUGGUCCUAAUCGUGACCGCGGGGAUAGCGGCUUUUGGAAUCUACGGUUCGACACGUUUGGAGCAACGUUUCGAUCCGGAGUGGUUUUUGCCGGAGGAAACUUACUUGUCAAAAUACUUGGCGAAGUCGAAGGAGCACUACCCGAAUCGUGGUCAAGACGGUUUCGUACUGAUGGGCGAAUUUGACUACGUGACAAAUUUUGGGAAGAUAUUGUCGCUCUCCAAAAAAUUGAAGACUCUAAAGAUACUCCAGAGCGUGGACAACUGGCCGAUAAAAUUCGCCAGUUUCGUCAGGAGUAAUUAUUACCAGGACGCGUCAAACCUGACCGAGUCUUCGUUCAACGACUACCUCUCUCAAUUUUUGUUCAGCCAGUCCGGUGGGAAGUAUACUAAAAAUUUUCGCUUCGAGGGUAACUUGACGUGCGGCGAAAACGUUCCAAAGAUACUGAUAUCUAGCAUAGAUUUCACAUUUUCCACAUUUUCGAACCCUACCGAAUGGAUCGGUGCGAUGGAUCUGAUGAAAGAAGUGUCCUCGAAAUCCGAGAUAGACGGUUUCGUCACGGUGUGGAGUAAAGUGUUCGCGAAUUGGGUGACCGAGAAAGUGAUAAGCCAAGAAGUGACGCGAAAUUUGAUUCUGGCCUUGAUAUGCGUGAUGGGAACAACUGCGGUUCUGGUAGCCGAAUUGCAAACGUGUUUUUGGAUACUAAUUUGCGUUCUACUGACCCUGGUCGACAUAUGCGGUUUGAUGUAUUACUGGGGUCUAACCAUCGACAUAGUUUCCUGCAUAGGUCUUGAGCUUGCGGUCGGUCUCAGCAUCGAUUACGCGGCGCACGUGGCUCAUGCUUUCCUGAAUUCCGACGUAGCCGAUAUAAACGGCGAUCGAACACCGAGAGCAUUGAGCGCCGUAAAGCACAUCGGGGCGGCUGUGGUUUACGGGGCGGGAUCAACGCUGCUGGCUUUAUCGUUGCUCGCGACUUCCGAGGCUUACGUUUUUCGAUCUUUCUUCAAAAUAUUCCUACUGGUCGUUUUCAUUGGUUUGUGGCACGGUCUUCUAUUCCUCCCGGUCAUUCUCUCCACUGUAGGGCCAAAAAGUUUGCAUGAUCAGAGCAAAAAAAAGCGCAACACGGUCAGAGUUGCUGACAAAAAAACAGAUUACCUUGAGGCCGCGGAAUUGGAACCAAUUUCCGCACAACCUUCCGAUCAUCUACCUCCUCCACAAUCGUCGGUUGAUAUUAACGAAAAAUCAAAAAUCUCCUCCUGAUUAUUAUUCGCGAUAUAGUUUUUUCAUUCUCUUUUCUUUCUUCUCUAUAUCUUCAGGUUUUUUUCCCUUGCUUUCUUUCUUUCUUUUCUUCGUCGAUCUGUCAUAUUCUUUAUCAAUAAUAUUUAUUUUUUUUUUCGUUUUGGUUCAAUAAACAUACAAAAUUAUUACACUAUUCAUACUAUUAAUUCACACAUUUAUACAAAAAUAAUAUAAAAACCUCGGAUAUUAUAAAUUAAAACACCAGUGGGUAUAUUUUUUUCUUUUAAUGUUCUUUUUUUUUUUUUUAAUAUUUUUUACCAUUUUUUUUUCGUUUUUUUUUUUUUUAUUUAAUUUUUUUUUUCUGCUAUUUUACUUCGCGUUGAUUAAUUUCCUUCUCAUUUCUUCUUUAUACGUUCGCGUUAAUCUUUUUCACGCAUAAUCUCUUUAUUUAUCGAUUUUGAUAUUGAAAAUUUUACAUCAUAUUUCUUCUAUUCUUUUCCUUCCUUUGCAACUUAAUUUUCGUCAUUUAAUUUUGAAAAAUCUUCCUUUCCUUGCUUCCUGUUUUUAUUUACUUAUUUUUUUUUUUUUUCAAUUUUCCUUCUUUUCUCGUUAUAUUAUUUAAAAAUAAUACAUCGCUAUUACGAUUAACGACAAACAAACGUUGGGGAACUAUACAAACGAGAGUAUAAAAUAGAAAGAAUGCAAAUUCAAAUAAAUAAUUGAACAUAUGACGUGUACAUACACAAAGUUAAAGAAUCAAAAGGAACAUUACCGUUACAAACGUAAACGUAUAGUGUAACGUAUGUAAUAAUUAUUAUUCCAUUUUAUUCAUUUAUCAUUAUUGUUAAUGUUAUUACGAAUAUUAUCGGUAAUAUUUUAAUCUCGCUUCUUUAUUUUUAUGUUUCUGUUUCGUCGCAAUAAUAUCCAUGUAAUAUGUGUGUGUGUGUUGUUUUCAAUAAUAAUAAGUAUACGAUGUAAAUGUACAUUCAACGAAUUCGCGAGGUAACGUAUAAUAAUAUUAAUAUAGGAGGUAUGCACAAACGACUGAUUUAUUCUCGUAUUAUUUUAUCCCCCUUCCCCCCGCUGCCUCCCUUUCUCUUCAUUAACUCUUCUGAACAGAAUUUUCGUUGUGAUGAGAAAAAAUCAAAACCCCAUCGAUAUGUAUAAAUAACAAUGUACACGUAACACGAUUACAAUAAUAUAUGUAUAGGUAUUACAGUUAGUUACGGGUGAAGAGUGUCAUAUUUUUUGUACCUAAGUGAUGAAAGAUUUGAGAAAAAUGAGACAAGAUGAAUAAAUUAAACUAAAUGAUAAAUGAAUGAGAGAACAAAAUUAUUGUAAAUUCAUGCUUGAAAUUUGGCUAAUCGAGAGCGGUUGAGGAAAGGGGAGCGGAGAAGAGCGUUUUCUAUCAGGCUACAUUAUUAUCAUUAUAAGGAUUGUUACUAUUACUGUGAUCAUUAUCAUUAUUAAGAUUGCUAAUUUAUUUGACUAAUCCAGGAUGUAUAUUAAUUGUAUUCUCCGUACAUUGUCAUUAUUGAGGCAAAAAAAAAUUGGAUGUUUGUAUCAUAGAUUCAUGUGAAUGAAUUAAAAUGAAUAAAGAAAAUCAUAACAACAA